AUGGAAAACUUGACAAGAAUCAGUAUUCAUCUCAACGCACUUUGGGGAGAAUUGCCCAGUGAGAUUGGUCUAAUGACAAGUUUGACAUACCUUCAUGUUGGGGGGAACAAAUUCAAUGGCAGCCUACCGACUGAACUUGGGCUGUUGACCCGAAUGGAGAAAAUGUUCACGAAAGUGAAUUCCUUCACAGGAUCGUUGCCCACUGAGCUUUUGAUGUUGACCAACAUGGACACUAUGCAGUUUUUUGAAAAUGCCUUCUCUGGCUCUCUUCCAACUGAGCUGGGCCUGUUGACCAGCUUGACAGCCCUUGAAAUUUCGGAAAAUCCCUUCAAUGGUACCCUUCCAUCGGAGCUAGGAAGACUGACCAAUUUGGAUCGAUUGACUCUUUGGUAUAAUCGAUUCACAGGUCCUUUGCCAAGUGAGCUUGGGAUGUUAACCAAAAUGACUUAUUUUGGCUGCUACCGGAAUGCCUUCAAUGGCAGUUUGCCAUCGGAGUUGGGAAUGUUGACCGACUGGGGAGAAAUGUUCUUUUAUGGGAAUGCCUUCACGGGAUCCAUACCAACUGAGCUUGGAAUGUUAACCAGCAUGAAAGGAAUUUAUCUGUUUCAGAACGCAUUGACAGGCACUCUUCCAAGUGAGCUUGGUCUCCUGUCCAACAUGACCGAUCUUCAAGUUGCUCGAAACUCCCUCAGUGGGAGUGUCUCCACAGCGCUUGGGCUGUUGACUCAUGUGAAGAAGUUGUACCUUUUUGACAAUGCCUUUACGGGUUCUUUGCCAAGUGAGCUUGGUCUUAUGACAAGUUUGAGUCGGCUAGAGCUGGAUGCAAACUCUUUCAGUGGUCCCAUACCGUAUCAACUUGGGAUGCUCACAAGCUUGGCAUCACUCUACCUUUCGGAGAAUUCCUUCACAGGCUCUUUGCCAAGCACACUAGGCAAUCUGAUCAGCAUGGAAAGAAUGUACAUGGCUGGCAAUGCCUUCACAGGCUCUUUGCCCAGUGAGUUUGGACUGCUAACCAACAUCAAAAUCCUGGACCUCUCUCAGAACUCUCUCCAUGGAUCACUACCAUCUACCGAAUUGGGAAGACUAGUCAAUAUAACGAGUUUGGACUUGUGGGGCAAUUCUCUGUCUGGUUCUCUGCCAACAGAAGCUGGAUUGCUGACACAGCUGACAGUUUUGAGUUUGAGAAGCAAUCUGUUGGAUGGACGGUUGCCCAGUGAAGUUGGAUUGCUGACACAACUGUCUGGUCUGUGGCUCAACGACUGUUCCUUCUCUGGUGCUCUUCCCAGCGAGCUUGGGUUGAUGGAAUCUUUGGAGAUACUGAACCUCAGCAACAACUCUUUUGCAGGGUUGGUCAUCUCUGAGUUGGGGCAGCUUUCAAAUCUACGACAACUGGAUCUUUCAUCAAGUCCACCCUCCCUGAGAGGGCCAUUUCCUUUUGAUUCCUUGCCCAGUGGUCUAGGCAGUCUGGAUAUCUCUGGCAGCCCUGGUUUGAUAUGCAUAUCCAUCUUUCCCUCAUUAUUGUCGGCGGUACCUGGUAGUGGCAGUCGUCAGCAUGCUAGUGAAAUUGGGCUGAUGGAAUCCCUGCAGACACUGAACCUUCGCAACAAUUCCUUUCUUGGUUUGGUCAUCUCCGAUUUGGGGCAGCUUGGAAACCUACAAGAAUUGGAUCUUUCAGUGAGUCCACCGUCCCUGCAAGGACCAUUCCUUUUGAUUUCUUGCCCAGCAGCCUGGGUUACCUGA